AUGUCUUCAAGGAACAUUUCAAAGAGUCCAUCUCUAAAAGCCUCAAUUAAUGAGUGCAGCAGGUUAUGCCGAAAAAGGAGGAUCGUCAGCAGCGAAGAGGAAGAAAUAGAGAAGAUGAGGAAGAAGCUCUUCAAGGAGGAAAAGAAAAAAUGGAUUGACAGUGGUGAUGAAGAAGAAGUAGAAAGAGAGAAGACGAUUCCAGAGCAAUCCAAUAACAACAGGAAAAUCAGGAGGUGCCUCAAAAGAAGGAUCGAAAGUGACGAAGAAGAAGAGGCAACAAGUAACAACAAGACAAAUCGAUCCAAUGACAUCAAGAAAGGAAAGAAAAGAGGUAGGUACCAGAAAAGAUGGAUUGAAAGUGAUGAAGAGGCAGAAAGAGAGAAGGAAAAACAGCCUAACAGCAACUUCAAGGAGUCAGUGAGAAGCAGGAGCUAUGAGGGCAGUGGAAACAUCACUGCUUCUGCCUUUCAGUAUGGAGCUGGGCUAACUGACAAAAGGAAACUGCUCAUGUGCUGUUGGUUGUGGGCUGAGGUCUGUCAAAUGUGUAAAACUAACAGAAUUUCUCCUUUCCCAGAGGAAAGAAGCAGCCACGGAAGACCUUGCAUUGAGUCCAGGAGGCCUCUCUCACUGAACAUCACAGAGUACGACUUCCACUAUGUACUUGGAACAGGUGGAUUUGCUAAAGUCAUGUUGGCUUCCACACCGGUGACCAGGAAACUUGUGGCCGUAAAGAUCAUCCAGAAAGAGCCAACGAAUACAUCUUCCAUUGUGAAGGAGGCACAGGUCCUGAGGGUUGCUGUGGGACAUCCAUUCUUGUGCCAUGCCCACGCAGCCUUCCAGAGUCAGCUCCAUGCCUUCUUCAUAAUGGAGUACGCCAGUGGAGGAAGCCUUCAUGAACUCAUCGGAGACAGGCAACACCUGGAAGAGAGAGAAGUGAUCUUCUACUCAGCGGAGAUGGUUUGUGGCCUGCAGUAUCUACAUUCUCGUGGCAUUAUCCAUCGGUACGUGAUGUUUGCCUCUUAUCUAUAUAUGCUCUUCAUCAGUGGCGUAACUACCGAGGAAGCAGACCCCGCAGUUGCGGGGGGUACAGGGGGCCAGGAGGGGCCUGCUUCAUCGGUAGCUAGACCGCUGGUGCAAAAUAAUAACCGUUUAGACAUCAAGCCAGGGAAUGUUCUACUGAGCAGUGAGGGACACGUGAAGCUUGCUGACUUCGGUGUAGCAGCAGCAGAAGUGUUUGGCCAUAAUACCAUCCAUGGCCAAGCAGGGACAUUGAAUUACAUGGCCCCCGAGAUGCUACUAGACCGUGACUACACUGCAGCUGUGGACUGGUGGUCUUUUGGUGUUACACUAUGCAAAAUGGCCACUGGGAAAUCCCCUUUCCAGACUGGAUGUGACCUGCCCAAAGUGAAAAAAUCCAUCCUCAAAGAUCAGCCCAACAUUCCAGGAUGGAUCAGCUCAGAACUACGUAAUCUUCUGAGAAAGCUUCUGAAAAAGAAGCCUCACAAACGCCUUGGAAUCAAUGGAAGUAUCCGGCAACAUCCUUUUUAUGCUUCCAUUGAUUGGGAGGAGCUGGAAAGCAUGGGGAUACCACCACCUUUUCAGCCAGAACCUGAAUCAUCUGAAGAUUUAAAUAAGGUCACACCAUCAUUCAUGGAGGUCCUACAAAACCCAUCAGAGGACAAUCUCAUUCAAGGGCUUUCCUACAUAAAUCCCAGCUGGAAGGAGUAGAAGUCUAGACAGGUGAGUUUUACACUGGCCUCCCUCACCUCAGUGAGAGUCUCUGGAUACUUGUGCAGUAAAACCUGGCAGCACCUGAGUGGCUACGGGUAAGGCCGAAAGUCAAAGGUGGCUGUUAUAAGACAGAAGGGCAUGCCUAGUGUGGGAUCCACUUACUUCCCUGAGGUUUGGGAUCUUAUCACUUAC